GCACAGUGUGACCUGUAGCUGCUCACCGAGCAUGUAGUCAGACUGGCUGUGAGAACCAGUGAGGGAGGCACUGAGGAAAACCGAGGGAACAAAGACUGGGUUCUGGCUCUGGUUAACGAAAAGAAUUUGAAAGAUUAAGGUGCUGAAGACGAAGAGGGAAGUGAUCCAUACACGUGGACAUCUGCAGCAGGAAUCUGAACUUGCUGUUCCUCAAAACCAGACUGCAGACCUGUUUUACAGCUUUAACUCACACCUCGAGCUCCAUCUGUAGCUGUAUAAAUAUAAAGGUAAUGGAGUGUUGUUCAUUAACCGUGUGUGGUCUAUCAGCGGCUGCCCUUUUUAUUCUAUUUUACUGGGUUGUGCCAGCUGUGCAAAGAAAUGCAAUGUGUGCACUGCUAUGGCAUGGUUUUAUUAAUGAGAGACUCCGCGACAAGCUCACUGGUUCCUCACGGCCUCAGCGCAUGCUGAAAGCAGUACAGAAGAACGCCACUAAAGGAAAUCCUGACAGUGUUAUUACUGCCAUCGACUACUUCUGCAAACACUCAGAAUGGGCCAUGAAUGUGGGAGAUGAGAAAGGCUCUAUAUUGGACUCUGUGGUGACUGAAGUAAACCCCAGCACAGCUCUGGAGCUGGGUACAUACUGUGGGUAUUCUUCAGUAAGGAUUGGCCGUUUGUUGCCUCCUGGCACUAAACUGAUCACUUUGGAGUUUAACCCAGCAAAUGCAGUUAUCGCUCGGCAGGUCAUCGCCUACGCUGGGUUACAAGACAAGGUGACUGUGGUGGAGGGUUCAUCAGGUGACUUGAUUCCAAAAAUGAAGGAGCUCUUUGGCAUCACAACGUUUGAUUUCAUCUUCCUGGAUCACUGGAAAGAUCGAUAUCUUCCUGAUAUUAAACUGUUUGAGGAGUAUGGAUUGCUCAGAAAGGGUUCAGUGCUGCUGGCCGACAAUGUGAUCUGUCCCGGAACGCCUGAAUACCUGGAGUACGUGAGGAAUAAUCCUCGAUACGAGACCAGAUACUACCCAGCCCAUCUAGAAUACACAAAAGUGGAGGAUGGCCUGGAAAAAUCAGUGUUUUUGGGAUGAAGAGAUGACUGGGACAAGUUUCUAACAGUGUUUUACACACUUCACCCAAGGGUGUAAGAUUUUUACCCCAUUUUUAUAAAAGUUAAGAAGUUUUGUACAUCUUAAUAAAAAUAAUCUGAGUUGUUAA